AGUGAUUGUUGGUUUGGUGUGUUUUAGUGAUUGUGAUUUAGUGUUGGGUCAGUCGACAGCAGAGAUUGAGUUAUUGAUUUGUUUGAGUGCAGUUCACAGGUCAGGGACCCGGGAGCAGCUGUUGUGCUGGUUCAGGUAGGUUGUGUUGCGGUUGUGUUGCGGUUGUGUCAUUGACAUCGUUCAUAUACUGCAGUUUAACAUCAUGUCGUCAUAUUCAUUCCUGUCCAGUGGACUUUUAGCCUGUAGAGUUCUCUGAUGUAUACCUGUGAUGGGUUUUAUUAUCCUUCAGUGCACAGUGGGCAACAAUUGGUCCCAACAUCAUUUUUCUUCUCUUUUCUUUUUUGUCAGCCAAUGACAAUGUCCGCUGGAGCAAGACGAUGACGUUAUACAAUGUGUCAGAAGAAACCUCCCCUCCCUCGUUCCCUCUCUCCUCUGUGUCUGUCACUCAUGAGCCCUUAGAUCCACUUGUAUCCUUUCCCACCUCCUCCUCCUCCUCCUCCUCCUCCUCCUCGCUGACCUCUUCUAACUGCACCAGUGCUCCUAUGGCCUCCUCUCCUCCAUACAACUUCUAUGCGGUGCUGCUGGUACUGCUCAUCUUCUGCGUGGUGUUUGGGAAUGUGCUGGUGUGUGUGGCGGUGUCUCGGGAGCGUGCGCUGCAGACAACAACCAACUACCUCAUCGUCUCCCUGGCUGUGUCUGACCUGCUGCUCGCCACACUGGUCAUGCCGUGGGGCGUCUACCUAGAGGUGGUGGGCGAGUGGCGCUUCAGUCUCAUCCACUGUGACAUCCUGCUGACCCUGGACGUCAUGAUGUGCACCGCCAGCAUCCUCAACCUCUGCGCCAUCAGCAUCGACAGAUACACAGCUGUGGCCAUGCCGCUGCUGUACAACACCAGAUACAGCUCCCGGAGGAGGGUGGCGGUGAUGAUCGCUGUGGUGUGGUUCCUCUCUUUUGCCAUCUCCUGUCCUUUACUGUUUGGACUCAACAACACUGCCAGUGGGGAAGGAACCACGUGCAGCUUUGGCGACCCAGCCUUCGUGGUGUACUCCUCUGUGGCCUCCUUCUACGUCCCCUUCAUCGUAACCUUGCUGGUGUAUGUGCAGAUCUGUGUGGUUCUGCGCAAACGGGCCAGACGCACCGUCCCAUCACGCCGCCAUAGUGUGCACACACAAGACAGGACGGAGGCAGCAGAUGGUCAUGGACUUGGAAAGAAUGAGUGCACACAGCCUGAGGAUGUGAAGUUGUGCACCCUGAUCCUGAGGCCUGCCGCUGCAGCCCCACAGCGCAAGAAAGUGACCUUGGUGAAGGAGGCGGCGGCGGUGGUUCAUCCCCUUGAACUGGAGCCGAGUCAGUUUUUGCCACAAAUUGAGCCAAGUCUGGCUCCUCCCACUGGCCCCCAGACCUCCACCCACACAAGACAGACGAGGAUCUCUCUGUCCAUCUCAGUCGGACCUUCCCCGGUUCUUCCUUCAACCAUGACCCGAUCGGUCCUGAUUCCCCGUCCCCCGGCCCUCGAUGAUGGCAUGAGGGAAAGGGAGGGAUGGAAGGAGUGCAAGGGGAUCACAAAAGAGAGGGUGAGAGGGAGGCUGUCACAGCAGAAAGAGAGGAAGGCCACACAGAUGCUCGCUAUAGUGCUUGGUGUGUUCAUCAUCUGCUGGCUGCCUUUCUUCCUCACACAUGUGCUGAAGGCCCACUGCACGAGCUGCUGUAUCUCACCCUCACUGUACAGUGGCGUCACCUGGCUGGGUUACCUCAACAGUGCCGUCAACCCUAUCAUCUACACCACCUUCAACGUUGAGUUUCGGAAAGCCUUCAUCAAGAUCCUGCACUGUUAACACUCGCAGAGGAUGAAAGUGUCAGCUGACACAAACACAAGGAAUUUGAAAGUUCAAAUGGAGGAAGAGAAAACAAACAGAAUGAGUUUGAGUGAAACCCCAAAACACUGCAGAUAUGAAUGGAAAAGACCUGCAAUGUGUUGUGUAAAUAAAGUGUGUAAAGGGAAUUUGUAGAAUCAUCACAUGACAUGACUGAUUUACCAUUACAUUGGUUUUCAUGUCAGACUUUCACUCUUGUAUUUUCUUGUAAUCUUCUCAUUGGUUUGCAGUGUUUUCUCAGCGGACCUUCAUCAUGUCUACACAGAAGGAAGAGACACAACUGGAAAAACUGCAAACUAAACAUCUGUUAACGACACGAAAUACAUGUACAGGCGCGCGUGCGUGCGUGUGUGUGUGUGUGUGUGUGUGGGCAUAUUCAUGCAACUCCUGAGUGAAAGAGAGUCCAACCCCUCUCAGGGAGACUGGUUCCGGAGCCCAAGCUGUGCGUCAAGGCGAUAUAUCCCGACUAUAUAUCUGGUUGGAACCUCUUGAGCUCUGGACCAGCUCAGGCUCCUUGCAUCUUCGGGCUGUGCCGGCGCUCGUUAUCCACGUGCGGGCGAGGGAAAGUUAGUCGAUUUCUUUGAUUCUUCAAUUCUUCGGCCUUUCAACCGGUCUUUGUCCGGUCCCUCACCUAAGACCUGUUUGACUUCCAUAACCUUACCAGGGACAUAAAGCCCCCGACAACUGAGCUCCUAGGAUCAUUGGGACAAAACCCUCCACCACGAUCAGGUGAUGGCUCCAAGAGGGGGUAGUCAUAGUAAUAAAGGUAAAUUGUGAAUUGAAAAUAAGUUCACAUCCAUAACAAUGGCCAUUUUUCUUUUUCAAUGCCUUAAACACUCAAGUAAAUAUUGGUAAAACAAUUGUUAUUGCUAGCACCAAAAAAAAGCUUAUUGUAUUUACUUAGUGUGUUUGCUGGGGAUGU